AUGUCUAUGCCAAUGCCUGUAUUGUCCGCAUGUUUGCCAGAGUUUCAAAGUGACCAGCCAAUCUAUUCUCUCUCACCAAGUCCAAACCUUGCAUUAAAAUCAUCAACCAACAAUAUCCAAGGAUUAUCAAAGCAAUUGAUGGAUUAUCACAUCAACAGACAAAUCACAAGGAGCAUGCACAUGCCGUCAUUGAGCCAGUCAUAUGCAAUGAUCACCAAUUCCUCCAUGCAAUAUAUGCAUCAAAUACAAGAUCUUCAACACAAAAACAAAGUUCUUGAGGAGAGGUGUAGCACUUUACAGCCUACCGACGUCAUAGUGACUGGAAAAGACAACACUACGGCUGCAUAUCUUCAAGACAAGAUUGGUGCAACAAUCCCUUACUCUGAAGCAUCCGAGAUUUGUGCCUAUGCGACAGCUCUACUGGGUCGGAUCUUUGACCUUGGAUAUGUAGCACCAACAUUCAAAGCUCUCAAGUUUGAUGCUUUAGAGUUCUUCAAGAAAGAGCUACGGAAGAAAUCCUCACAGUCACCACCGGAAUCAGUAACUUGCACCGAGUCCAUUAACCCAUCUAUCGAGCCAGUCAUUCAAAGUCAAUAUUGUGCCAUCCCUGUCAUUUUAACAGCUGGAAAUCAACAGCUCAAGAAUGCUUCAUUCAACGAUCCUCUUAAUGUCGCAGAAAAAGCAUGGAAGGAAAAGCACAAAGGGUCAAAGGAGAAAUUCAAUAAGUAUUUUAAUACCAUUUCAGCAAGUGAACGUGAGACCUUCAAAAGCGAAGCUAAAAGGCUAAAGGCUGAAGCGGCAGCAAAAUAG